UAUACACCUGCCCCACACACCUGUACGGCACCUCGCCUGUGCAGCCCUACACCACAAACCUGUACACUAUCAUCAGCUUCACACAGCAAUCUCAAUAAAGCCUGUCUGUUUAAGUUAACAAAAAAUAUAAAGUAGUUACACGUAGUUUUCUUUCUCCAAAUUAUAUUUUUUCACUUUUUAUGCGGACUGGACAUCAUUCCUUUUUAAUGAUUUUCUUCUUAUAACGUUUUUCUGCCAAACUUGAUCAUUUUAGUUUCCCAGGUUGAUUAAAUUUAUCUUUCUCCAGAUUAACUAUACGAUGAUCGCAGUGUCUAAAUUUUCUAGACGAUACGGUCUUUCGGGUCGCGAGUCAGUCUGUCCGACACAUGAUUAAAACAAAUAUUGUGCCCGCCAGCAGCUCUGAGUUAACCUGACGUGCCAGCAAAUACGUUUGUCCAUAUGAGGACUUUUCUCUUUGGACUUUUUUUAUAGAGGUUUUCAAUUCACUGUUCAUAAUUUUAACUUCAUGAUUUCUGCAAACAACGCUUUCCUACAGAAGUCGGCAUUGUGACUGAGGAAAUCAUUCGUGGCUCGGUAGCACGUGGCUCCCUCCAGUCAUCACUGCGAGUAAAAUAAUCAACAUCUACUGUUCACGCCUGAGGGACCGUCUCACGGAUAUUAUGUACCAAUAGUUUUUUUUAAUUACUUUCACCAGAAAAUAUGUUGAUAGUCAGAACACAAUUGCUUAGUUAGUAUGGAUCACAUGUAUCAUUACACUGUAAAAGACUAUAAGUUUACUUACUUCUGCAUCCGCUUGAUAAAAAGGACGGAGAAAAAAGUUACUAGGUUUUCCUUAUAAUGACUUCAAUAUGUUAGAAAUACAACAAGGUGAGCGAUGCUUUCUUCGCAUAUUUUCAUAAGAAAUCAUUUCAGUGAAAUAUUACGGCACCGAGCCGUAUAGAAGAGGAUCGGAGAAGCAUUGCCUCUCCCGUUGUUCCGGCCAGAGGGCCAGGACACAGUGCUGCCUCGACCUAAUUAAUUCAGCUUUGAUAGUCCCCAAUCGUCCGACAAAGAAUCGACCAGCAGGUGAAUGGAUGUUCGCCCCUAGCAUCAGUGACAGCGGCGGCGGCGGUGGCAGGGCGGCAGUUGCUAUCUGGUGAUGGGAGGAGUGAGAUGUGCGCCGACGAGUCUACGGUGGUGCUAGUGUUUGGAAGUACUGACACAGGGAAAAAUAAAUAUCCCGUAUGCACCGACGGGUAUUGUCGAGUGCCCAUGUGUGGCAGUAAAGGCACGAGAAAAGUAAGAAACAAGCGAAGCAGUUUUUCAUAAAAAGGAAAAGUACAGGAAAAUGUUUAUUUGACGCCCUCGAAAAGGAUUAUCAGGUAACGAAGGAGUGUUGCAUGAAACGUGUCAAACUAAAACUAAAGAAAAAAUCUCUGAGAAUAUGUGCACUGAGGUCUCGCGAGUAUUCUUAAUUGAAGGCAAGAAAUAACAGUUAAGCAGAUCUCGUGCCUAUGACUUUAAAUGUACCCAAGGUCAAAAGACAUAGUCGAUUCGAAAAUUAUAAACUAUAAACGCCACGCCCAGUUUUAAUUGAGCGCCGCGGGUGAUGUCGGGGUGUCUUGGCGCCGCGGGGUGCCUGCUGGUGGCGGCGUGGGCAGUGGCGACCUCAGGGCAGAACGUGACAACACAGGUGGUGGUGGACUUCGUGCAGUUUUACAGACACCGCGACGUGUACGUGAUGGAUUCAGCAUUGGGCUCCUCGUGGGCGGCCGACACCUACCUCGCCCUGGCCACCCGCACCGCCGCCCUUGCCGCCGUGGUGCCCCUGGCCAGCCUCGGGGAGACACACGGCUGGCCCAGAGCCAACGUGAGCCCCCUGAUGGUGGCGUUGCUGCCCUCGCCACGCCACGCCGCCGCCCUCGCCCAAGUGUUCCCGAGGGCCCCAAGCUGGUCCUCAUGGCUGCUGCUGCUGCCUUCCCCCGACCUGACCCCCUGGCUGGAGCCCCUCACGCUUCUCCUAGACAGCAUGGUAACUGUGGCCGUCAUCCCCCCCGAGAGUGCGUCCGCCACCCUCUGGCAGGUGUACCAGGUGGCUCCAGGCAUGGACAAGAGGCUGCUGCACGCCGGCCGCUGGCUGCUGCCCACCCCCGAGGCUGACAAGGAGCUGGCCCGGGUCAGGGGUCAGAUGAUGCCCCGAGACAGGCUGGAGGAAAGGAAAGUGACCUUCGGCAGGAUGCUUGGCGUGGUGGGUGACCCGCUGCUGCGACGGGAAGACCUUUCGGGCCUCCAGCUCACCUGCUCCACAAUCCACGAGCCCCCAAAUACCCUGCUAAAGCCUCGCCAGUACGGCACUGUCAUCGUGACCGGCAUAUUCGGGGACGUCGUCACCACGCUGCAGCAGAUCACCAACUUCACGGUUUGA